GAAAAAAACACAUAAAAAAACAAUCAAAAUGGUUCUCAGCACGGAAUGGUCUCAGGUGGAAGUGAUUGACUUAAUAAACGACGGAAACGGGCUCGGCUUCAUGCUCGUAGGCGGCAAAAGCACGGGCGUCGUUAUCAAAGCUCUCAUCCCCGGCGGGCUUGCAGAACGCGAUGGUCGACUACAAGGCGGCGAUCACGUCCUCCAAAUUGGCGACGUAAACCUCCGCGGCUUCAGUUCAGAGCAAGUUGCUUCCGUGUUACGACAAUGCGGCGCUCAAGUUCGUUUAGUUGUUGCCCGCCCUGUCGAACCCGGAUCUGCUGAUUUUCAAUCCAUGGUUCCUCAUGCCCCGAUAAUCCCAACAAAACUCUUAACCGAUCCCGACGAACUUGACCGAACGUUGCUUCAAACGACAACUUUUACAAACACAAGUGGCUUUACCCAAACUCAGAACCCGGAUGCACUGCAAAUUACCGCAGCUGAGUUGAUCCCGACACAUAUCGAAGUUGUCGCAGUUAACAAUGCGAUCAACAAUGAAAUCCACAGUCACGGUAUGACGUUGCCCAUUUUGUCGCCAAUCAAUCCGGCAAUGUCGCAAAUAGUAACAACGGCGACAACGGGAAAUGGAUCGGCGGGGGUGUCGCCUUGCGAUGAGGGGGAUUACGACGCAAAUACGCCCGAAACUGAAACGUAUGAAGUAGAAUUGCACAAAAAUGUCUAUGGAUUGGGAAUUACGGUAGCUGGGUAUGUUUGUGAAGAAGAAGAUCUUUCGGGGAUCUUUGUGAAGAGCAUUAUCGAAGGAAGUGCCGCCGAAAUGAGUCGAAUGAUACAAAUCAACGAUCGAAUUGUCGCUGUAGAUGGCAAAUCCUUGAGUGGCGUGACAAAUCAUCAAGCUGUCGAAAUUUUACGAAACACAGAUAUCAUAGUUAAACUUACUCUCGAACGAUUCUUGAGAGGACGAAAAUUCGAACAUUUACAAGUCGCCUUAACAUCUGACAACCAUAUUCAGAAAAACGGAGGAAAUUCGUUACCAGCCUCUCCUUCGAUCACAACUUUAUCUCUUUGCCCAGCGAACGUUGAUGCUGAUUCGAUUAUCACGGAAGGAGCUGAUUAUGUGAGCAAAAUUAUCGAACCUGACAUAGUUUCGUGCACAACGAUCGAUUCAAAUAUCUUUGGAACGAAGGAAAAUGGAACAACGGAAGUUUUGAGUAACAGAAGCACGCCAACGCCUCUUGCGGAGGUUCCGCAAACUAUUGUAUCUCCGCCGCCGCCUGAUCCAACGAUCACAGAAUGGAAGACGAAACUCACAGAUGGUUCGCAGAUCGUAACUUGUGAAGUUAGUAAAUUGGCGGGUUUGGGAAUUUCUCUCGAAGGAACUGUUGAAGUUGAAGGCGGGGUAGAACUCAGACCUCAUCAUUACAUUCGAAGUAUUUUACCUGAAGGUCCUGUUGGCAAAGAUGGUUCAUUACGCCCGGGAGACGAAUUACUUCAAGUGAACGAACAUAAGUUACAAGGCUUGAAACAUACGCAAGUUGUGAAGAUCUUGCGAGAUCUCCCGAGUAAAGUUAAAGUCGUAUGCGCAAGAGGGCAUGUUUCAAGCGUCAUUGAUACCAACAACGAUCCCGAAGCCUUUGAAACGCGCAAUAUCCUUCCGGGAGGAUUACAAUGUCUCACGGGCAUGUUAACGAAAGCGCAAAGCGAAUCAUCGAUCUACACAUCGAGCACAGCGACAAUGACAGAUCAACAAAGAUCGAAAAGCGUCGAACAAGUUUCCGGUUUGGCGCUUUGGAGUACCGACGUUGUUUACGUUAACGUUGAAAAAACCGACCGAGGAUUCGGAUUCUCCAUUUUGGAUUAUCAAGAUCCAUUAGAUACGGAUGGUACAGUUAUUGUAGUUCGUGGAUUGAUUCCAGGGGGCGCUGCGGAAAAUACGGGAUUAAUAUUUCCGGGAGACAGAUUGGUUAGAGUUAACGAACAUAAUUUGCAGGGAGCGACAUUGGAUGAAGCAGUGACAAUAUUGAAGGGGAUUCCAAUUGGAACAGCAAGAAUUGGAUUGUGUCGUCCAUUAAGUACGUCAGAUUGUAGUUCGCCUGCCGAGACACCGACAUAGCUAAACGUCAUAGAUCUGUUUUUUGAACUCGAUAUCUAAAGAAAAGAAAAUGAAUUUUUAGUAAUUUUAGUGAAAAACAGAUCAACAUCAUUUAAGAGACUUUUAGAGAAAAUGAAAAAA